AUGUGGAUCACGCGCGGAAUCUCACUCAUCAAUUUUGGAGUUGCAUCUUCGGCGUUGGCAUUUCAAGUCUUCGUUUUAUACCCAUGGCACCAUCAGUUAGACGAUGAGUUCAGAGCUUUGAAAAAGGAACACCAGCGAGUGCUGCACCAGCUCGAUCAACGCAAGCCCUUGUGA